AUGGGCAGAGAUCAUCAGGACGACUCGGUGUCUCCGCUAACGCGGACGCCGCAGCUUUCGCCAUCGGCAAGCGCAUCACAAUCCGCCCUCGCUCUAUCAGCCUCCAAGUCCGACUCCCUGCACCCUCCCUCGAUCACCGCUCCGAGCCAACAACCCGGCGACCUCAAGCGUGCCACGAGUGCGCAGGCACAAGCGAACGGAGCGCCUAAAGAUGGAGAAGGGGUCUCGAGCGGCCCCGAGAAUGGCGGGAUGUCGGAGCUGCGGCUCGAGGUUCCUCGAAUCGCGCAGCCCAGCGGCCAGCGAGACAGCGAUGGAGCGCUCUCCCCGGCCUCCGAGGCGACUGCCACGGCGCCGCCCUCGAUCUCUGGCAGCAGAAGCGUUCAAUUCGCCAGGCCGGACGCUUUAGAAGAGUCUAUACCAGCGCCUUCGCACACGCGUCAUGGCUCUUGGGAUGGGCCGGAAACCCCAGGAAAAUCUCGAAGUGCCUCCUUCAUGUCCAAAAUCAAGGCCUUGGCCAGCCCUCCAGCCCAGCACAUGCCCAGGAUGCUCAACACGCCCGCGGCGUCUUUCGAGAGCGGAUCGCAGUCCUUGACCAACUCGCCCACGGCCGCUCGUUUUGGUACCCGACUUCCCGAUACCCUUGUGGAGGAACACUCUGAUGCCGACGCCGACAUUGAGGAAACCGCAGAUGAAUCUAACAUCCCGGAACAGGGUACUUCAAAAAAGAAGAAGCGCAAGAUGAAGCGCUUCAAAAAGGGACACACCCCCACGCCUUCCAUAACCCGUUUCCCCACCGAGCUGGACGCACUUGGCUUAGGGAGCCGCCUCCUACGGCGUCGAGCAAGCAUGCCCGACACUUCUGCGCACGACCAGGCCAUGUCCGAAGGCGAUGCUCGGGAUCAGAUGCGACGCCGGCCAUUCCGAAGAGGUCAUUCCUAUGCAGAGCCCAUGGCGCGGCCGCCGGUGGACGACAUGGACGACUUGGAGGAUUCUGCGGUGGUCGGGCGACGUACGGGCCACUUGCGUCGCAUCACCGUCUUUGGCGGAGGCGGUGUAUCGGAUGGUGAUGCGAUGACACCCCGCAGGCCAUUCUUCAACUCGGAGCGUGCGUCCAACUUCGGCGCCCAAAAGUGGAAACAGGUCAAAAGCACGCUCAAGCUCCUCCGGCAGAAAAAAGAGGAUCGCUUCGACUACUACAAGUCUGCAGAGCUGAUGGCAGAGUUGCGAGCAGGCGCUCCCGCGGUCCUGAUGCUAGCGAGCAUGAUCCAGCGAGAUGAACAUGGGAAUAAGAGAAUCCCGGUGCUCUUGGAGCAGCUCAAGCUGCGCAUCAAGGACAGCGCUCCCAUGCCCGACGACGACAAGGAACGCCACUGGAUCUUCACCAUCGAGCUCGAAUACGGCAGCGGCCCUAGCCGCAUGAGCUGGAUUGUCAUCCGGACCAUCAGAGACAUCUACAACCUCCAUUUCCGCUACAGGUUCGCUCUGAAUAACGACAAGUACAUGCCGGGCCGCCUGGACCUCGGCGCCCGACCAAAGCAACCAAAAUUCCCGUAUUCCGCGUUCCCCUACCUGCGUCGAGCCCGAGACAAGAGCGACUCGAGCGACGACGAGGAGCAGGCCAGUGCCCGCGGCGACGACACCGCAGGUGAAGGUACAGCCGGCGAAGGCAUUGCAGAUGAUGGUCAGUACCACCCGCGGCGAAAGAAGUCGCGGGCAAACCUGUGGGGCAUGCGACGGCGCUCAACUGGCUUUACGGAUCCCGGCGAGGGCUCGAAUGCCGAGGGCGGGCAAGCGGCGUUGAUGGACAUGAUGACUCGCAGACAGCGCUACGUGGAGAAGCAACGGCGCACGCUGGAAAAGUACUUGUCUGAGAUGAUUCGCUGGCUCAUGUUUCGAGCUGACAGCAACCGCCUCUGCCGAUUCUUGGAGCUGUCAGCCCUCGGAGUGCGCCUUGCCGCAGAGGGCAGCUAUCACGGCAAAGAGGGCUACCUGCACAUCCAGUCUUCCAAGGGACUGGACUUCCGCCGCGUGCUGACACCUGCAAAGGUCAUCGCCCGACACACUCGCAAGUGGUUUCUGGUGCGGCAGAGCUACAUUGUGUGUGUCGAGUCGCCGGAAAACAUGAACAUCUAUGACGUAUACCUCGUCGACUCCAAGUUCAGCAUCGUUUCUAAGCGGAAUCCGCUGAAGCAGAUGACGUCCAAGGACAAGCAGUCAGAAAUCGACCUGACGGUGGAGGCGCCUCCAGACAAGCACCAUACCUUGACGCUGCACACAUCCGAGCGCAAGGUCCGACUCUUUUCGCGCUACCAGUCGGUCAUGAGACAGUUUGAGGAGUCAAUCAACGAGAUGCUGCGACAGACGCCUUGGUAUGAACAAAAGCGCUUCGACAGCUUCGCCCCAGUCCGGACCGGCGUGUUUGCGCAGUGGCUUGUGGACGGCCGCGACUACAUGUGGAACGUGUCUCGAGCUAUUAACAUGGCCAGGGACGUCAUCUACAUCCACGACUGGUGGCUGAGCCCUGAGCUGUACAUGCGGCGUCCAGCUGCCAUCAGCCAGAAGUGGCGACUCGACAGGCUGCUGCAGAAGAAGGCCCGCGAGGGUGUCAAGAUCUUCGUCAUCGUGUACCGAAAUGUCGAGGCAGCCAUUCCCAUCGACUCCGAGUACACCAAGUUCUCGCUGCUGAACCUGCAUCCCAACAUAUUCGUCCAGCGGUCGCCCAACCAGUUCAAGAAGAAUCAGUUCUUCUUCGCGCAUCACGAAAAGAUUUGCGUCGUCGAUCACGACGUCGCCUUUGUGGGCGGCAUCGAUCUUUGCUUCGGCCGUUGGGACUGCCCGCAGCAUCCUAUCGUGGACGACAAGCCGACUGGCUUUGAGAUGACGGAGCAGCCAAAGGAUGCAGAGCAUUGCCAGCUCUUUCCCGGCAAGGACUAUUCGAACCCCCGAGUGCAGGACUUUUUCCGACUGAACGAGCCGUACGAGGAAAUGUACGAUCGAAGCAAGGUCCCGAGAAUGCCGUGGCACGACGUGGCGAUGCAAGUCGUCGGACAGCCCGCGCGAGACCUGACGCGCCACUUUGUGCAGCGCUGGAACUAUCUUCGCCGUGGGCGGAAGCCAACUCGCCCGCUGCCCUUCUUGUUGCCGCCUCCGGACGCCAAGUUCGACGAGCUCGAGGCCCUCGGUCUGACGGGUACCUGCGAGGUCCAGAUUCUGCGUUCGGCAACGACGUGGUCGCUGGGCACCGACGGCACGGAGCACAGCAUCCAGAACGCCUACGUGAAGAUGAUUGAGGAUUCGGAACACUUCGUCUACAUUGAGAACCAAUUCUUCAUUACCAGCACGGAAGCGUACAACACCAAGAUCGUGAACCGGAUCGGAGACGCGCUCGUCGACCGCAUCAUCAGAGCCCACGAGAACGACGAGGAUUGGCGCUGCGUCAUUGUCAUCCCGCUCAUGCCGGGCUUCCAAAACACCGUCGACGAGCAGGAAGGAACGAGUGUCCGACUGAUUCUCAUGUGUCAGUACAAGAGCAUAUGCAGAGGCGAGCAGUCGAUAUUUGGCCGGCUUCGGGCGGCGGGCAUCGAGCCCGAGGACUACAUCUCUUUCUACUCGCUCCGACAGUGGGGCAUCAUGGGCAACGACGCCUUGGUGACUGAGCAGCUCUACAUCCACGCCAAGGCAAUUGUGGUUGAUGAUCGAGUGGCACUUAUCGGGUCCGCCAACAUCAACGAGCGGUCCAUGUUGGGAAUCCGCGACUCGGAAUGCGCGGCCAUCGUCCGGGAUACCGACAUGAUCUGGUCCACCAUGGCCGGCAAGCCUUACCAGGUCGGACGCUUUGCGCACACCCUUCGCCUGCGACUGAUGCGAGAACACCUCGGUCUGGACGUGGACGAGAUCUUGGAGGAAGAGCGCCAGCAAGAGAUGGAUCGCGAGGCAUUCGAGCAGGAGAUGGAGGCCAUCUACCAAGAAGACCCGCUGAAUCCGGAUGGCUCUGGCCCAAGCUCUGGUCGCCGCGAGAGAGCGCAAACACAUCGACGUCCUUCGUCUCGAGCGCCGAGCUUCAACCGAGAUCUCGACAUGGACAUGGCCCAAGCAAUCCACGACGGUGAACCGUUUGAAAAGGGCAAGGAGACCUCGGACAGUCGUGUGACGAGUGAAAAGCACGUUCUGGAUGUGUCUGGUUACGGGCCAGACCACUGGAAGAGUGCCGGCCAAAGCGGCACUGACCAGGGCCGCGACUCAGUCAUUGUCAGCGGGCGUGAGGUGCUCGUGCAUGACAUCGACACGUCGGGCAAAGGGGCGUUGGAGUCCCCGAGGCCACCGCACGACACGGUUCCGCCACCAGAGAACCGCUAUAUAGAACCUAGCGGAGGGGGCAACGCUGCCAUACCGCCGACGCCCUCCCUCACCCGCCGAAACACGGAGCAGCUGGGCAUGCCUCGUCCGGCGCAGCUUCCUCCACUACCGGUCGAGGACGAUACGGAUAUUGGAGGGCCACCUGUGCAUCUUGACCCCGUUUCUGGCCACCCGAUUAAUAGUGCGUUCCACCCUAUGGCGGCCGAUAUCAAAUGCGUCGACAUCACCAAGGACUGCAUGCGCGACCCGGUGAAUCCAAAUUUCUUGGAUGAGAUCUGGAACAAGGCUGCGAUAAACAACACCAAACUGUAUCGCAGGGUCUUCCGCUGCAUGCCAGACUCCGAGGUGAGCACCUGGACCGAAUACCGCGAGUAUACAGAAUACAGCGAAAGAUUCCGUGCGAGCAUGGAGGGGAAAAACACUGGCGAAGAGUCCGAGAUGAAGCGCGAGACGAACUUGCAGCACACAUCGACCGCGGCUGGUGCGGGUGUCAGCGCUCCAGGACCCGAAGCAAUAGUUCAAGCUGCGAAACAGGGAGUGGAGAAGAUUCCCGAGAAACUGGCAGAAAAGCUGCCUCUAUCAGAUCAGAACCAGGACAAGGUCAUCGUGCCGGGGGCAGGCGAAACCGAGCUGGACGAGAAAGCGGCUCUGCAGCAAGAGAACCAAGGCUCGAAUCCACGCGGGCCGGCCAAUCUGAACACAGCCGUCAAGGCAGUGGCGGAGAAUCGCGUCGAGGCGCCCUCCCCCGUGUACCCACCUGGUGAUACUGCGUUCCCUGCGCUGGAGACAACGCCUACGAAACCACUCGACCGCCAAGCUGCCAAGAACACUGAGCGCAAGACGACGUUCUCCGGACUGGAAAAGCCGCCGUCGAAGGAAGGCAAGGACUUCAGCGCGCCGCCUCCGGGACAAAACGGAUCCAUCAAGCGUCGCCGCCGUGGUACUACAAAGGGUAGCAGGCGCACCUUUAGCAUCGAGGAUAUGCCGUCUCGCGCUGAUGCCGAAGAGCUGCUGAAAAUGGUGCAAGGCAACCUGGUCCAAUUUCCAUAUGACUGGCUCCUCACCGAGGACCAGAAUGGUAACUGGGGCUUCCAGGUCGAUGGCGUUGCCCCCUUGGCAAUCUAUAAUUAA